AUGAUGUCGAACAUAUUCGACGGAGCUCCUCCGGAUUAUUCGUCCAUAUCCGUGGCCGUUAAAGCAUCCAUCGGCGACACCAUUGGAGGAGCUGCAAGCCGUCGCGCUGUUCGUUGGGCCGUCGACAAUCUCCUUCCCCAUAUUGAUCGAUUAGUUCUAGUUCACGUCAUGCCUACCGUCACCACUAUUCCAUCUCCUUCUGGUUCAAAGAUUCCAGUGGAUGACUUGGAAGAGAGUGUUGUGUCUAUGUACAGACAAGAUUUGAGAAAACAGUUCGAAGAGGUAUUUCUGCCGUUCAAGAGGAUGUGCGCAUCAGUCAAAGUUGAGACUUUGUUGCUGGAACAUGAUGAUCCUGCAAAGGCGCUUUUGAAGUACAUAUCAGAUGGGGAGGUUGAGUGUUUAGUCAUUGGCUCAUGCUCUCCAAGUUUCCUUACAAGGAAAAAAGGACAAGAGAUGCCAUCAAGGGUACUAGGAGAAGCUCCAGAGACAUGUGAAGUAUAUGUUAUCUCCAAAGAUCGAGUAAUAACCAAAUCAAGCAAUCAGUUAUCUCCAGAUUCAUCAUAUAGUUUCCGUACACCCAAAAGAGCAGAAGCUCAUAAAGAUCCAUUCAACCGUACAUGCUCGGAUAAGACAGGCUUGGCUGCUUCAUACAUGUCACCAUCACUAGCGAGGAAUCAGAUUCGAAGGCCCGUCUCUUUGCCGCCUAGUCAUCAAGUCUCUCGAGUGUUUCCUCCUGCACAGGCUUCAGCUGGUAUUCGUUUGACCCAUGACGAACAAGUCCGCUCUAUACUUGGACAGAGUACUGUUUCCACUAGUAAAAUGCAGUUGGAUCCUGGAGCAGAUACAUGUAAAACACCCCAGUCAAGUGUUAUGUAUGAGGUAGAGCAGCUAAGGAAACAAGUACAAACCACUCUUUCCAUGUACAAACAAGCUUGUGAGGAACUAGUUCAUAAACAAACACAGGUUCAGUCUCUUUCCUAUGAGUGUAUCAAAGAUACAAAAAGGGUCAUAUCAGCUCUGGAAAAGGAAGAAAUGCUGAGAAAAGAAGCAGAAGAAGAGAAACAAAAGCAUCUAAAAGCCGUUAAAGAGAUCCAAGAAGCGAAAUCAAUGCUAGCCAAAGAGUUCUGCGAUAGGAAACUAGCCGAACUAAAUGCAAUUCAGCAGUCCUUAGAGAAACAGCAAGUCAUGGACCAGCUCUUCUUGAGAGACAGUCGAUACAGAAAGUACACCAAAGAAGAGAUAGUUGAAGCUACAGAUAACUUCUCUUCGAGUAAAAUCAUCGGUGAAGGAGGAUACGGGAAAGUAUACAAAUGCAGCCUUGAUCACACCCCAGUAGCACUUAAAGUUCUCAACCCUGACUCAAUCGAGAAGAAACAAGAAUUCUUAAGAGAGAUCUCUGUCUUAAGCCAGCUUCGACAUCCACAUGUGGUUCUUCUCCUCGGUGCUUGUCCUGAUAACGGUUGCCUUGUCUAUGAGUACAUGGAGAACGGUAGCUUAGAUGCUCACAUCUCUCGCAAGAAAGGCAAACCAUCUCUCCCAUGGUUCAUCAGAUUCAAAAUCAUCUACGAAACCGCUUGUGGAUUAGCUUUCCUCCACAACUCAAAACCAGAGCCCAUAGUCCACCGUGAUCUCAAACCAGGCAACAUUCUCUUAGACAAAAACUUCGUUACCAAAAUAGGCGACGUUGGACUUGCCAAACUCAUAUCAGAGGAGGCACCAGAGAGUGUCACGGUUUAUAGAAACUCGACUAUUGCGGGUACACUAUACUACUUGGACCCUGAGUACCAAAGAACCGGCACAUUCAGACCGAAGUCAGAUCUUUACGCAUUUGGAGUCAUAGUUCUCCAGCUUUUAACCGCUAGACAUCCCAACGGUCUUCUUUUCUGCGUGGAGGAUGCGGUGAAGAGAGGCUGUUUGGGAGAUAUGUUAGAUGGAUCAGUAAGAGAAUGGCCCAUGGCUGAAGCUGAAGAACUAGCUCGUAUAGCAAUCAAGUGUUCGCAGCUUAAAUGCAGGGACAGACCGGAUCUUGAUACACAAGUCUUGCCUGCUCUCAAACGGAUUCUUGAAUCUGCUAAUAGUAGACUCAAGACUGAACAAGCUAAAGCACGACCACCAGCUCACUAUUAUUGUCCAAUUCUUAAGGAAAUAAUGGAAGAUCCACAGAUAGCAGCAGAUGGGUUCACAUACGAAGGAAAAGCUAUAAGAGCAUGGAUUCAGAACAAUCAAAGUGUGUCUCCUGUGACUAAAAAUAGGCUCAGACAUUGCGAACUCACACCAAACCAUACUCUCAAAUCGGCUAUACAAGAGUGGCGAUCUCGUUCUGGUUUAGACCUCUCCACUACUACUCUUGGCUAGUCCUGAUCACAAACAUUUAUUUAAAUGUGUAUAUACAAAAUAC